CUCUACAUUCGCACGUAAUGUCAUCAGUAAGAUCUCUCUCUUGGGAUAAUUGUUGCCGCACUCCGAGAAGGCCAGAUUCACUCUUUAUUCAAAUAGAAUAGAAAAGAGUCUCUCUCACAAGAGGGGCAAAACAUCUGCCUCUCCGCCCUCGCGACUCCGAUGCCAUCGGCCCUAAAAAAUCAACAAAAGACCCGUUGUUGUAUAUCUUCCCUUGAAUACAAAGUAAUUACUUAUCAUCAAUCAAAAUUAAUAAUAGUUGAUUGGGUUGGUGUGGUCAGCGCAGUCCCCUCACAUUCACUUCGCAGUCAAUGUGGACUGGGGAAGAGAGGAGGGGGGAUUUGACCUGUCUAUUGGGGUAUCCACUGGGAAACUACCUCUUCCCAACGCGGCCUAAAAAGUCAGGAACUGAAUAAGGAAAUGAAGCGUAAUUUGAGGAAGAUGGAUGAGUCUCCAGGGCAACUCCCCCUUCUAUCCUCUUGUAUUGAUGAUAACCGUUUGCGCCCUGGAUGUGUGUGUGUGUGUGUGUGUGUGUGUGUGUGUGUGUGUGUGUGUGUGUGUGUGUGAGAGAGAGAGAGAGGGAGGGAGGGGGAAAGAGAGGUGGGAAAGAGAGCGAGAGAAAGAAGGGUGAGUGUGUGUUUAUGUCUCAGUAUGUCACAAAUAGAGACUGAGAUACUCAGAGCUCCACACAAAAAUACGCGUCAGGUCUCAGUCAGUUUGACGUCGAGGCGCGGGGACGGCGAGGACCCGUUCGGCUCCAUCGGGAUAACUGUGGACCAACAUUUGGGUGAUUUGUCUCACUCACACGGCCACUAUACGGAAUUUAUACUAGCAGACACCGCUCAGUUCACCAUGCAGAGACCGAGCGGUACGGGGACGGCAUUUUCCAUCGAUUCUUUGAUUGGCACUCCACAGCCGCGGCCGGGCCACCUGCUCUACACGGGCUACCCGAUGUUUAUGCCAUACCGACCGCUCAUGAUUCCGCAAGCCCUGUCUCAUUCGUCAUUACCGUCAGGUAUCCCUCCGUUAGCGCCUCUGGCAUCCUUCGCGGGGCGUUUGACAAACACUUUUUGCGCGGGGUUGGGGCAGGGGAUGCCCUCCAUGGUUGCGCUCACCACCACGCUGCCCAGUUUCUCGGAUCCUCCAGAUAGUUUCUAUCCCCCGCAGGAGAUGCCGGGACCCCGGUUAAGCGCUAAUGGGACGGGGAUCAACCGGCAGGACAGCCCACACGAGGAGCUCAAGGGCUCAGAUCUGCUGAAUUUCUCGGAAACUUUUCAGGCAGUUGCAGGCGAAACCAAAUUAUACAGUUCAGAUGACGAGAAACUGGACCUGAAAUCAGCGGAGGCAGCGUGCAGCGACAGAGAGGACAGUUCGGCCGACAGCGAGAACGAAAGUUUCUCCGACGGAAACACCUGCGGUUCAGCUUCCCAGAAAGGGAAAUUCAAAGCCGGCUCACAGGACGCGUUACCCCAGAGCGGUUCGGCGGGUAAGAGCCGGAGGAGACGGACUGCUUUCACCAGCGAGCAGCUGCUGGAACUGGAGAAAGAGUUUCACUGUAAGAAGUAUCUGUCUCUCACCGAGCGCUCGCAGAUCGCACACGCACUCAAACUGAGCGAGGUCCAGGUCAAAAUCUGGUUCCAGAAUCGGCGGGCCAAGUGGAAGCGCAUCAAAGCCGGCAACGUCAACAACAGAUCCGGGGAACCCGUGCGGAACCCCAAAAUCGUGGUGCCCAUUCCCGUGCAUGUCAACAGGUUUGCUGUUCGGAGUCAGCACCAACCGAUCGAACAAGGCACCAGGCCAUGAACUCAAACUAAAACCACAUGACCCUGAACUCCUAAAAUGAACAUUUACACGACCCACAGGUUCCUGCAGGUCUUGGAUGAAACAGUACAAAUGCAUGAAGCACACCUAAAAGGAAACAACUCCACUAUCUAGAAGGAUAUAAAUUGACUUUAUAAUAACUUUUAUUAUGAAGUCAUUAUCAAAUAUGAGGCCUAGUCAUUAUAAUACGCUUGACAGAUCAGCGGUUCAUAAUGCAUAUACCUAUUAUGAUAAUACUAACUAUUAUUAGAAUGAACGUUUACAGAUGAUCUGUUAGGUGCAUUAUAAUAAUAUUUGUUAAUGACUCUUUUUAUAUCUGUAUAGACGUUUACAAAACGACAUUGUUUUUUGUUUUUCAUUCUCUCCCCUAAAAUUGGUUUCGCUUUAAUUUAUUGAUUUGUACAUUUGUAAAUAUGAAUUGUGUCCAUGCGACACACAUGUGCACUAUAUCAAACGAGACUGUAAAGAGACAUUUUUGAAAAUAAGUAUUUAUAUGUUGCUGUCUGGUAAGUUUUUGCAUGUGUUGCCAAUUUUUGUCUCAUUUUCCCCCAUAUGGUUUGAACGGGACGUUUUCGUUGUUUCAGACAUUUUGCAUGUGCUCUUUAAAGCA